GUGCCGUGCCAGGAGAGUGGCAUUGCGCAGCCGCCGCGGGCGCACAUGGCGAGGCCCUCGCUGGUGGGCGGCGAGUUUGGAGCCUUCCAGUUCCCCAGCGGAUUCCGGCGUAGCAGCCUGGGGGCCAUCCAUCCCUCGUAAAUGUUUUAAAUCUGUUUAUUUUACCAGUGCCUACAGUCCUAUUGCGUAUUUGAGAAUCAGCGGGAGCAGAGAGUUGAUGGCGUUGGAUGUAGCCUUCACCAGCUGCCUUUGCGGGCCCUCGGGGACGGCGGAUGACAGGAUGUUUGAGAAUUGCUUGAGCACGGGUUUGAUGGCGGUAGAGAUCUGGCUGAUGAUUUUGGAGGGGGAGAUUUCGCCGUCGUCACCAUCGUCAUCGUCUUUGGCACGGUUCACAUGCAUUGUGGACUGGGAUAUGGCGCGGAUGCCCGUCAUGCCGUCCAUGAUGUCGUUGGCUAGCUUCAUGGCUAUGGCCUUGGCUUCAGGCAGAGAUGGCUCCUCAGCCGAUGCGGGGGCUGGUGCAGAUGACAGGGCAUUUGUAUACGGGCUGAUGGCGACUGGGGUGGCCAACACAGCAGACACGGCAAACACCACAACAGAGAUAAUCUUUGCAAACUUCAUUGUAGAAAUAAAAGGGAGUCAAGGGACUAGCUGGAAAAAAAGAGAUCUAUCUCGGAGGUCAGUGGCCAUGCACCCAUUAUGAAAAAUAUAUAU